AUGGUCUGCGGCGUUUACCACGGCAGCGCUCGCGCCGUCCUCCUGGCCGUCGCCGUCGCGCUCGUCGUCGGCGUCGGCGGCGGCGCGGCCCAGCAGCAGCAGCUGAGCGAGAAGUUCUACGAGGGCUCAUGCCCGUCGGUGCACAGGGUGGUGCGGCGUGUGCUGAAGGCGGCGCACCGUGCCGACGCGCGCAUCUACGCCAGCCUCACCCGCCUCCACUUCCACGACUGCUUCGUGCAGGGCUGCGACGGCUCCAUCCUGCUGGACAACAGCUCCAGCGUCGUGUCGGAGAAGUACGCGAGGCCCAACAACAACUCGGCGCGCGGGUUCGAGGUGGUGGACGAUGUCAAGGCGGCGCUCGAGAAGGCCUGCCCCAGCGUCGUCUCCUGCGCCGACAUCCUCGCCAUCGCCGCCAAGGUCUCCGUCGAGCUGUCCGGAGGCCCCCGGUGGCGCGUCCCGCUCGGCCGGCGCGACGGCACCACGGCCAACAUCACCGGGGCCAACAGCCUCCUCCCGAGCCCCCGCAACAACCUCACCAUCCUCCAGCGCAAGUUCGCCGCCGUCGGCCUCGACGACACCGACCUCGUCGCCCUCUCAGGCGCGCACACGUUCGGGCGCGCGCAGUGCCAGUUCGUGACGGACCGGCUGUACAACUUCAGCAAGACGGGCAAGCCGGACCCGACGCUGGACGGGGGCUACCGGGCUCUGCUGGCGGCGAGCUGCCCGCGGCGGGGCGGCAACAAGACGGCGCUCAACGACCUCGACCCGGCCACGCCCGACGCCUUCGACAAGAGCUACUUCGCCAACCUCGAGGCCAACCGCGGGUUCCUCCGCUCCGACCAGGAGCUCUUCUCGGCGCCCGGCGCGCCCACGGCGGCCAUCGUCGACCGCUUCGCCAGCAGCGAGAAGGCCUUCUUCAGGAGCUUCGCCGCGUCCAUGAUCAAGAUGGGGAACGUCAAGGUGCUGACGGGCGGCCAGGGGGAGGUCCGGAAGAACUGCAGAAUGGUCAAUAAUGGAAGCUAG